CAGGCCAGAUGACCUUCCCUGCAGACAGCAAGCAGCCCAAACUCUCCGUCGUCUUCUGGCCACCCCUUUACACCCCCUCCUCUCCCUCUUCUACCUCCGCCUCACACUCCACGCCUGUCGUUCUUCCGGUUGACGAGCUGGGACUGGAGUCAGUUGAAAUGACUGCCAGUGACGGCACGCGCUAUCGCUGCAUCCUCCCCCCCCCCACGCUCUCCUCCCCGCCCUCACCUGCUGCUGGCGGGGCAGGGGCGGAAGGUGCGGAAGGGGCAGGGGGAAAGGGCGGGGUGGCAGGAGUGGCGUUUGGGGAGAGCCGGAAGGGUCCGGAAGACCUGCUGGAUGCGAUGAAGGGGCUGCCGUGCUUCUACCAGCAAGACGGGUGGUGGACGUAUGAUUUCUGUUACAAGAAGCACAUUCGGCAGAUGCACAUCGAGCAGCAGGACGGGGAGAACAAGGUGACAAUGGACUUUGUGUUGGGGCGGUACAGUGCCAGAGAGUCACUGCGGGCACAGCGGAGGCUAGAGGCAGCCGCUGCUGCUGGUGGCGGCGAUGGCGGGAAGAGAGCACCAUGUCGGUGCCAUGGUUUCAGUACGUGGCAGCAACUUUUUAGGGAUUGA